AAUGCAUUUGAAUAUAAGCUAGUCAACCACAUUAGACUAGCAAAAAGAGAAAGUGUCUAUGGAGAUUCUCAGUCAUCCAGGUCAUGAUCGUCCCAAAUGAUUGUCCCAAAGGUGCUUUUUCAAGAGGCAAAUGGACUUCCUGGUUUUUCUUUUGAAGACCUUUUGCUUCUGAUCCAAGAAGAAGCUAUAAUUAUAAGUAUUGUAAUUAUUUUUGUCUCUGCGUAAUUAAGGGUAAAAAGUUAAAAAAGGUUCCCCUCACAUAUAUGUGCUAGUCGUUCCCGACUCUAGGGGCGGUGCUCAUCUCCGUUUCAAAGCCAAAGAGCCUGCGCUGUUCGAAAAUGUCUCCGUGGUCAUGUGGCAAGCAUGAAUAGACACCAAAGGCGCACGGAAUGCUGUUACCUUCCCACCAAAGGACAAAUGUCAUGCAACCCUUCUUUUGGUGGAAUUGGGAAAGGACAUCUCAUAAGAGAAGUGGAUGCACUAGAUGGGCUCUGUGGUCGAAUCUGCGAUCAGUCUGGAGUGCAUUACAAAGUGCUAAACAAAAGAAAAGGACCAGCAGUCUGGGGUUACAGGGCACAGAUUGACCGAAAGCUCUACAAAGAGAACAUGCAGAAAGAAAUUCUACAAACCCCACUCCUGACCACUUGUGAAGCAUCAGUGGAAGAUCUGCUGCUGACUCUACCAGAGCCAAAUCAUCCUGGCAAACCUUCCGUCAGUGGAGUCAUUCUGGAAGAUGGAACAAAAAUCCAUUCUGGGAGUGUCAUUCUGACUACAGGGACAUUUUUGAGAGGGAUGGUUCUAAUCGGAUUGGAAAUGCAUCCUGCGGGGCGAAUGGGAGACCAACCCUCGGUUGGCCUGGCUCAGACGCUGGAGAAGAUUGGGUUUACCAUGGGAAGACUCAAGACCGGAACUCCUCCACGGUUGCUGAGAGACUCCAUUGAUUUCACUCAUCUUCAGAAACAGGAGGCAGAUAACCCUCCUGUGCCAUUCAGUUUCCUCAGUGAAGCUGUGUGGAUUAAGCCAGAAGAUCAGUUGCCCUGUUACUUGACCCACACCAACCCUGAGGUAGACCAGAUCAUCCAUGAGCAUCUUCACCUGAGCAAUCACAUCAAAGAAACAGUAAAAGGACCCCGAUACUGCCCUUCCCUUGAGUCUAAAGUUUUACGUUUUCCGAAUCGCCAGCAUCAGGUCUGGCUGGAGCCCGAAGGUCUGGAUUCUGAUGUCAUGUACCCACAGGGAAUGUCCCUGACGCUGCCUUCUGAGAUCCAGGAAAAAAUCAUCAGUCUUAUCAGAGGCUUGGAACAUGCUAAGAUGAUACAGCCAGGCUAUGGAGUUCAGUAUGACUAUCUGGAUCCACGUCAGCUGAGCGCCUCCCUGGAAUCUCGUCUGGUGCAGCGGCUUUUCUUUGCGGGACAGAUUAAUGGUACGACAGGCUAUGAGGAAGCUGCAGCCCAGGGUAUUGUUGCUGGAAUCAAUGCAGGCUUGCGGAUCCAAGGGAAGCCUCCUUUUAUCAUCAGUCGCACCGAGGGAUACAUUGGAGUUUUGAUUGAUGAUCUUACCACUCUUGGCACCAAAGAGCCAUACCGGAUGUUUACCAGCCGGGCAGAGUUUCGGAUGUCCCUGCGACCAGAUAAUGCUGAUAGCAGGCUUACUUUCCGAGGCUACCACGAAGCUGGUUGUGUGUCGCAAAAGCGGUAUGAACAAGCCUCUUUGAUGAAAGCAAUGCUGGAAGAAGGAAUGGAAGCACUGAAGUCUGUUCGGUUUGGCUAUAAAAUGUGGCGGCAGCUCGUUCCAGAAGCCAGAAUGAGUCCUCACCAUAGUUUCCCUCGCAGUGCUCUAGAAAUUUUCCAGAAUCCAGAUAUCAGUAUGGAUGUUUUAGCUAGAGCUCUCCCAGAAUCCAUGAAAAAAUUCACUGAAUGGAAACCACUGGCAGAAAGGCUGAAAAUAGAAGCUGUUUAUGGUUUCCAUGUGGCCAAUCAAAAGCUGGAAAUAGAAGAAGUACGUCAAGAUGAAGCUCUCCAUUUACCUGAGGACCUAGAUUAUCUCACUAUUGAUAUAUCUCUAUCCCAGGAAGUGCGAGAGAUACUACAUGCCCACCGCCCCCCAACGAUCGGUGCCAUCAGCCGUAUCCCUGGGAUUACACCAGCUGCUGUUUGUCAUCUACUGAAAUUUGUGAAAGGCAACCAUAAAAGAGCAGAGGAGAUAGACAAUUUAUCUAGGACUGCUGAGCCACUGUCUGCUGCAGAGCUGCUGGGUCAAAGAAAGUUUGAAGCUACUGGUUACAAAUAGUGCUUUUUGAGUCAGAGCCACUGAACCAUGACAGGUAUUCCUGGUGCUUACAACUGUAAAUCCAAUUCAGUUAAUGUAUAUCAUUUAAUACAUACAUAAAUAUCUAUAACAACCUCAGCAGUGGAUGUUGUGU